GUGGGGUCUUUUGUAUCCACUGCGCAAGCAGCCUUUGUGACUUUUCUUAAGGAGGUAAAGAAUUUCAGCUGUUAGGAGGGACCCAGACUCCGCCUCCUCGGGGACCUGACUGGCAAACUUCAUCACUCUCCCAGGAUGGCAGCCGUUGAUCUGAGCCAUGAUCUUUCUAGAGAUCCUUUUUAUCUGCCUGAGGAAAAAACAGAGGCAGAAAGGAUGGUGGCUGUCUGGCUGAAAAAUUAUCAACAGAUUGCAGUGACCUUCGAGGAUGUGGCAGUGGACUUCACCCAGGAGGAGUGGCUAUUACUGGACCUUACUCAGAGAAACCUAUACAGAAAUGUGAUGCUGGAGAACUACCAGAACCUGGUAGCAGUAGAAUAUCAACUGUCGAAACCUAAGCUGAUCGCUUGGUUGGAACAAGAGUUGAGGACAGUGGAG